UCCGGUAUAAAUCGCAAGCUAUCUUGUUACCUAAACAAACUAUUUAUUCCGCUGGUGAAUUAAGUGUUUCGUUUCAUUUUAGACUCAAUAAAGUUGAUUAGACUGUAAUAAAACUUUGAUUAAAUUUGAUCAGAAUGUCGUGCCCAGUGAGUCAACCAGCAGUGGAUUUGAACCCGGCACUGUUCCCGCUGGACUGGCUCUUGGGGACGUGGGAAUCGGACGAACCGGGACAGGUCUCCUUCCCCACCAUCAAACCUUCCCUCUACAAUGAAACGUUGUAUUUCACUCACGUGGGACAACCGGUCAUCAACUUCAUGUUUAACGCUUUCCAAGCUGAGAGUAAAAAGCCACUUCACAGAGAAACUGGUUUCAUCCGGAUUCAGCCAGGCACCAACAAAGUGGCCUUCAUCAUCGCUCAGAACUCAGGACUAGUAGAGAUUGAGGAAGGCGAGCUGGUCGAGCAGAAACUCACUCUGCAGAGCAAAGCUUUGGCCAGGAUGUCGUUCGCCAAGCAGCCAUAUGUCCAUCAGAUCUCCAGAGUCUUACAGCUGAGAUCAGACGGGAGACUUGAGCAGACGGUGUGCAUGGCUCUGGAGAACCAACCCCUGACCCAGCACUUACACAUCACCUACCGCCGAACGUCAUCACCUCUGAAGAGCCAAUAAUAAACAUUACACACA